GGAUGUCAUUAUUACCAACUCCAAUAAAUCUCUUGCAGGUGGGGCAGGAGCAGGAAUUAACUCCGCGAGCGUAAGCUUUAGGUAAGGUGCCUAAUGAAUUCACACCUCCACCACACCUCGUCCUCUUCUCUUUCUCGUGGACACAUGCAAUAGCCAUCACUGGAUCAACAAUGGCCAUCAGAUAUCUCAUCCUGCUGUCGCGGCAGGGAAAAGUGCGGUUGGCGAAAUGGUUCACCACGCUCUCGCCCAAAGACAAGGCCAAGAUCAUCAAAGACGUCUCUCAACUGGUGCUGGCGCGAAGGACGCGAAUGUGCAACUUCCUCGAGUACAAAGACACGAAAGUCGUCUACCGUCGCUACGCCAGUCUCUUCUUCAUCGCCGCCACCGACCCCGAGGACAACGAGCUCAUCACCCUCGAAAUCGUGCACCGCUACGUGGAACAGAUGGACAAAUACUACGGCAACGUGUGCGAGCUCGACAUCAUCUUCAACUUCCAAAAGGCCUACUUCAUCCUCGACGAGCUGCUGCUGGCCGGUGAGAUGCAGGAGAGCAGUAAGAAGAACGUGUUGCGCGUCAUUGGCGCGCAGGAUGGAUUGGAGGAGAUGGAGGUUGAGGACGAGGGCGUCACGAGAAUCGGCUGAUCUGUCCGACGGAAACGAAGCUUCAGAGCUAAUCAUGCAAUCGCUACACCCAGGCCACCGACGCGAUCGAGUCGAAUUUACGCAGCGCUGGAAUGGCGUAACAGGGGUUGGUGCUGGUUAUACAGCGACUUAGUACCUGUAUUCCGAGCAGGGAAGGGUUUGCUUCCAAUACAUGGCGUUGCUGGGGGACAGGCGUCUAUUGGGCCAUUUGAGCAUUGAUGAUACCCAUGGCCAAGGCUGGUGUUUUUGAAGCCCGUUGGCCUUUUGUA